CCACCACGCGGAUUUCCAUGGAAACCACGAAACUUUAAACCUUCCGCAGCUCUCAGCAGUGUUAUAAAUUUUGACAAGGAAAUUUUUCUGUGCAAAAUAAUCGCCAUAGAAACAAUUUAUAUAAAACGGUAACCUUGGCAACUUGAGAAAGAUGCCCAUAUCAAAAAACUCGACCUCGGCUGGUGGGUCCUCCUCCUCAGCGCCACCCCCACCGAUCAACAAUCCGAAUUUCUACACGAUGGAGGUGGGAGAUACGAGGUUUACGAUUUUAAGACGUUAUCAAAAUUUGAAACCAAUUGGGUCAGGGGCCCAGGGGAUCGUUUGCUCCGCCUACGACACGCACACCGCCCAAAACGUGGCUAUAAAAAAACUCUCACGCCCCUUUCAAAACGUGACGCAUGCCAAGCGCGCAUACCGCGAAUUUAAAUUGAUGAAAUUAGUUUGUCAUAAAAAUAUAAUCGGCCUGCUGAACGCCUUCACCCCCCAAAAAACCCUUGAAGAAUUCUCCGACGUCUAUCUCGUGAUGGAGCUGAUGGACGCGAACCUGGGUCAAGUGAUCAACAUGGAUUUGGAUCACGAGCGGAUGAGUUAUUUACUUUAUCAAAUGCUCUGCGGGAUUAAACAUUUGCACUCCGCGGGGAUCAUCCAUCGAGAUUUGAAACCGAGCAAUAUCGUUGUGAAAUCGGAUUGUACGCUGAAAAUUUUGGAUUUCGGACUGGCAAGGACCGCGGGGACGACUUUUAUGAUGACUCCUUAUGUCGUGACGCGGUAUUAUCGGGCUCCCGAGGUCAUCCUCGGAAUGGGCUAUAAAGAAAACGUGGACAUUUGGUCCGUGGGCUGUAUAAUGGGUGAAAUGAUCCGUGGCUCCGUAUUAUUCCCCGGGACGGACCACAUUGAUCAAUGGAAUAAAAUCAUAGAGCAGCUCGGAACGCCGCAAAUCGAUUUCAUGCGCCGACUCCAACCAACUGUUCGAAACUAUGUUGAAAACAGACCGAGACAUUCUGGAUACUCUUUCGAACGUUUAUUCCCUGACGUUCUCUUUCCCAGCGAUUCCAGCGAACAUUCCAGAUUGAAAGCAUCACAAGCCCGUGAUUUACUCUCGAGAAUGCUGGUGAUCGAUCCCGAACGUAGGAUUUCCGUGGAUGAAGCGCUAUUACAUUCGUACAUCAACGUUUGGUAUGACGAGUCGGAAGUCAAUGCGCCCUCCCCCGGUCCGUAUGACCACAACGUAGACGAGCGAGAGCACACGGUCGAUCAAUGGAAGGAUUUAAUUUACUCUGAAGUUAUCGAGUACGAACUCUCACAUUCCGUCGCCAACACGCCCUCCGCCGCCGCCACCGCAGCCGCGGCAGCCAGCGCCAAUAAUUCCGUUACCACGACGACGAGCAAUUAAUUUUUUAAAAUUUAAUUUAUAAAAUUUUUUUUACUAGUCUUUUGAAGUCAAUUUAUAAAAAAAUAUAUUAUAAAUAGAUUUUUUUUUAAAAUAGGAAUAGGAACCAAUUAUGGCACACACAUUUAAUUUCCAUGGCAACUUUUUUUUAAAAGUAACGAAAUUAUCUAGGAUAUAGAUGAUUUUCUUUGUAAUAAAAAUGCGGGUCUACACCACGCACGUCGGGCUCGUCGAAGUCGUAAUCGAAA